AUGCUCUUCGCCGCCCGCCGUCUCGUUGCCCGCGCACCUGCCGCUCUGCGCGUGGCCCCCUCCCCCGUCAACUCGGCCCCGCGACUCUUCACUUCGUCGGCGCUCCGCUUCGCCGCUGGUCCUCCCGUCAUCCAGGGUGAGGGCGCCAAGGAAGGUCAGAUGCCCACCGAUGAGCAGCAGGCUACCGGUCUUGAGCGUUUCGAGCUGCUCGGAAAGCUCCAGGGUGUUGAGGUCUUCGACAUGGAGCCCCUUCAGAUGACCCACCUCGGCACCACCGAAAACCCCAUCAAGGUCAAGAGCUACUGGCCUACCCGUAUCGUCGGGUGCACCGGUUACCCCGCCGACUCGCACGACACCAUCUACCUUCACCUCAACAACCAACUCAAGCACCACCGAUGCCCCGAGUGCGGCAGUGUUUACGAGAUGGACUUCGAGGGUGAUGCGAACGCCGACCACCACUAA